UGUGAGAGAACACAGACCAAAAAUGCCGGAGCCAGCAAAAUCUGCUCCCGCUCCCAAGAAGGGCUCUAAAAAAGCUGUGACUAAGACUCAGAAAAAGGGCGAUAAGAAGCGCAGAAAGACGAGGAAGGAGAGUUAUUCCAUCUACGUGUACAAAGUGCUGAAACAAGUUCACCCGGACACCGGUAUCUCCUCUAAGGCCAUGGGGAUCAUGAACUCCUUUGUGAACGACAUCUUCGAGCGCAUUGCGGGGGAAGCGUCUCGCCUGGCUCAUUACAACAAGCGUUCAACCAUCACUUCCCGGGAGAUCCAGACCGCUGUGCGCCUGCUUCUGCCGGGGGAGCUGGCCAAACAUGCCGUGUCUGAGGGCACCAAGGCCGUCACCAAGUACACCAGCUCCAAGUAAAUAGUUUGUUAUAAGACUACGAACACCUUUAACCCAAAGGCUCUUUUAAGAGCCAUCCACUUUAUCACCCAAGGAGCUCUAAUAUCACUAACUGCUGCUGCUUGUGUUCUUCAAACUACAACAAAGUGUAUUUUUUAAAACAAACUGUAUUUGUGCUUUAGUUUCAGGCAACUUGUUAAAGCAUUUUUUAAAAUUGCAUAUGCCCCCUAUAUCGAGGGGGGACUGAUUUCGUUUUAGUAAAUGGCAUUGUCAAUUUAAACUAUAUAGGGGUUUCAAUUUUUAAGGAAAAAAUGUAGGUGUUCCUCGUCCUUCUCGU